GUGGACUAAAGAUGGGGAAGCAAGGUGGUUGGCUGGAGGCUAAGAGAGGAGACUGGGCGGCCAUCUUGGAUUCCCAGACCGGUGCAGCAAAGGGCUCAGGGAAUGACAUCACCGAGCAGGCCAGGACCAGAGGCGACAUGGUGGAGGUCAGUGGAUGGAACAGCAUCCUCAACUCUGGGCUGGGGAACAACACUGUUAACCACAGACAGAAACAGACAGUCGAACACAAAACGACAACCGAACUUAGCCUCCAUGACAACAGACUGGCUGAGACCAGAGCGAGGUGUCUGUUUGGUCUGCAGGGACAGGGAGGUGUCCAUAUGCAGCUGGAGAGAACAGACACAGACUUGGCUAGCGAUGCUCCGUCCUGCUCCUAUAGUUGUGAUUCAGAGAGACUGAUGGCGCCUCAGGUUAACCCCCUAACAGGUGCUGCCUUCAGCCUGUCUUCUAUAGGAUCUAUCAACUGGAACAUGGACCCUGCGACAACACAGACACUCCCUGGCCUUCAUCCUCCUCACACUCUCCUUAUGUUAAACCAGACCUCAGACAAUGCCAGUGCCUCAACACUAAAUGGCUACACAAGGUCACUGACAAAUGACAGUAGUAGAGACGGAAUCAGUAAAGGUGGCAGCGCCAAAGAGAAGUGCUUCCCGUGUUCGUUUUGUGGGAAAGCCUUCAGUUUCCCCAAACAGGUGGAGAUCCACCAGAGGAUUCACACGGGGGAGAAACCGUUCAGCUGCCACCUAUGCCGGGUCAGUUUCUCCCACUCGUCCAGCCUGAAGAGGCACCAGAGGGUCCACACAGGGGUUAAACCCUUCAGCUGUACCCAGUGUCACAUGCGCUUCGCCCAGGCUGGUGACCUGAAAAGGCACCAGAGGGUCCACACAGGGGAGAAACCCUACAGCUGUACCCAGUGUGAGAAGAGGUUCUCCCACCAACACAAGCUGAAGAUGCACCUGAAGGUCCACACGGGAGAGAGACCGUUCGCCUGUACACACUGCGGGAAGAGCUUCUCAGAGAGGAGCUACCUCAGGAUACACCAGCAGAAAAACCAUUCCAUUCUAUAACAUAUAAAGUAACCAUUCCACUCGAUAGCUUCUGACUUUUAGAUGAAACCCUGCAUUAAAGACAAAGAUUAAUUUUCAUUGUUGUCAGCAGAAAAGAUCCACAGAUGCAUUUGCAGUAACGACAGUAACAGAUUUCAGUGUUGAAUAUUCUUGGGUAGAAUAUUGCAUCCAGACAUUGUGUGAUAUAUAAGGCAUAUAUAAGCCUAAAAAGUCUGUUACAUAUUGUAUUUGUACUGUGUAGGCUAUAUGAUGUUCACAAUGCCUGUUUCAUUACUUCCAUUAAACUUUUUCCCCAAGAUACUUUUUUUCCUUCUCCAAGAUACUUUUUAAUGAGAAAAGAAAUGCAGUUUGUCAUGUUCAUGCAGAUUUGUAGUUUAGAUAUGUGUAUGUGUGGUUUUCAUAUGGUGUAUUUAAAACUAGUUUAUGUUUAAUAAACACAAAAUGGGACU